CCGAGAGUGUCCCGCCUCCUACACGAAGCUCCAGCAGUGAAACGAGGAACAGAAGCCCUAAAGCCAGGUACAGUGUGUCUCCGCUGCGCUCUUGGGAUGCUGUAGCUUUCACCACAUAACCUGCCGACUGUCUCGACGUGGCCUUCAAAGGUCAGAGUGAUGCUCCCGGCGGCUCUGCUGUGAUCUCUGUUGCUGCAGUUUCCACGGGAACGAGACGACGGUGGGCAGAAAGCAGUCAAGUCGCCAAAAGAUGACGUCGCCGUCGCCCACUCACAGUGACAGCAGCGGCUCCUCGAAGCAUGACAGUAACCAGGACAGCUGGGAGAUUGUGGAGGGGCUCAGGGGGGCUCCGGCCAGCAUGCAGGAGCCCGAAAGACAAGAGGGCCUGCUGCUCAAGAGGAGGAAGUGGCCCAUGAAGGGGUGGCAUAAGAGAUACUUUGUGUUGGAGAAAGGCAUCCUGAAGUAUGCAAAGCGGGACACUGAUCUAAAGAAGGGGAAGCUGCACGGCUGCAUCGACGUCGGCCUCUCAGUCAUGUCGAUCAAGAAGAAAGCCAUGUGCAUCGACCUGGACACAGAGGAUAACAUCUAUCACCUGAAGGUGAAGUCUCCAGAGCUGUUUGAGGAGUGGGUGUCAAAGCUGCGUAAUCACCGUGUGUUUCGACAGAACGAGAUUGCCAUGUAUCCCCAUGAGAGGCACCUCUUCCACCCCCACGCCUCAUCUUCACCUUCUCUCAACGAUUCCCUUAGAAAAAGGGCUACUCUGACCAAGCAGGCGUCAAUCCACCAGGCGAAGGUCAGCUCUUGGCUCCAUUCCUCAGAGGACAUGGAUAAGUGCAGCAAAGACUUGGAGGAAUGUGAGUCGUACCUGCUUGAACUAAAUCUGCUGCUGAAGAGCAUGGAGGUGCUCCACCGCACCUACUCAGCCCCGGCUAUCAGUGCACUACAAGCGUCUAAUUUUGACAUCCCCAAAAAGGAGAAGAGGCCGAGGAGAUGGCGGUCCAAAAACAACGGUAAAGAAACCAAAGCCACACUACAGGUCCCGAGCUGCAUCUCUUCACAAACCCCUCGCCUCCAUGCCUCCAACCCAAACCUCUCCACCACAGAGCCAAACACUCAGGAGGUCUGUCCCGAGUCCCCAGACUCACCUACAGACGCGUCCCGUCUGCAGGAGGACUUCUGCCGGCUGGCCAACAACAUUCAUGCCACACUGAAAUCUGCCUUCAGUUCUCUCGCUGCUGAGAGAGACAGACUCAGACACACCUUAGACCUGCAGGCCCCACAGCCAGCACAGGUCAUGGGCUUGAAGAGCGCCUACACCUCAGAAUGCUCAGGUGGAUCCCACUCAUUGGUCCACCAGACAUCCAAUGACAGCAGAGCAUCAAUCCCAGAGUCCAUCUCUGAGUUUUUUGACGCUCAGGAAUACCUCCUAUCAUCUUCUUCUUCAGAGAAUGAGGUGUCUGACGACGACUCGUACAUCAGUGAUGUCAGUGACAGUGUCUCCAUGGAUACCUACAGCAAUGAGGGAGGCAGUGAGCGGCACAACUCUGUCAGCAGCGUGAUCACCCUGGCUCGCCGCCGCUCCACACUGCCCUCUCCCAGCCCAACCAGCAGCGUGAGCUUGUGGAACAUCCUGAAGAACAACAUCGGUAAGGACCUGUCCAAAGUGGCCAUGCCGGUGCAGCUCAAUGAGCCUCUCAACACACUGCAGAGGCUGUGUGAGGAGCUGGAGUACAGUGAGCUGCUGGACACCGCCAACCAGACCCAUGACCCCUAUCAGCGCAUGGUGUAUGUUGCUACUUUCGCCAUAACUGCUUACGCAUCCACAUACCAUCGAGCAGGAAGUAAACCGUUCAACCCUGUCCUGGGAGAGACAUACGAGUGUGACCGACCAGACAAAGGCUUCAGGUUCAUAGCUGAACAGGUGAGUCACCACCCUCCUGUAUCAGCAUGUCACUCUGAUUCAAGAAACUUCAGCUUCUGGCAAGAUGUCCGAUGGAAAAAUAAAUUCUGGGGCAAAUCCAUGGAAAUUGUUCCCAUGGGAACCACCCAUGUCACACUACCUGCGUUUGGGGAUCACUACGAAUGGAACAAAGUGACGUCCUGUAUCCAUAACAUCCUGAGCGGUCAGCGCUGGAUCGAACACUACGGAGAGAUGUCCAUUAAAAACAUAAACAGUGAUGACUGCCAGUGUAAAGUCACAUUUGUGAAGGCGAAAUCCUGGAGCUCCACAGUGAACGAGAUCGAGGGCGUAGUCACAGAUUCAAAUGGAAAAGUUGUGCAUUCCAUUUUUGGAAAAUGGCACGACUCCAUUUUUCAAGGAGACCCCCCGUCUGCCACAUGUAUCUGGAGAGCAAACCCAAUGCCAGAGGACCAGGAGCAGUACUACGGCUUCACUCAGUUUGCAGUGGAGUUAAAUGAGCUGGACCCCACUCUGAGACCUCUGCUGCCCCCCACAGACACACGCUUCAGGCCGGACCAGAGGCUGCUUGAGGAGGGGAACACUGAAGGAGCCGAGGAGCAGAAACAGAGGAUCGAGCAGCUCCAGAGAGAGAGGAGGAAAGUGCUGCAGGACAACAGCAUGACACACCAGCCGCGCUUCUUCAAGAAAUCUAAAGAUGACACGUGGGUGAGCAACAACACGUACUGGGAGACUCGCAGAGACCCUGGCUUCAGUGCGGCAAACUUCCCUGUGUUGUGGUGACCUCUGGAUCCAAACGAACCUCAUAAAUACUGUAUAAUAAGAGGGAAGUAUAAAACUGAACUGAGACCAGCCUGCGAGGGUCCUGACCUGGUUAACAUGAAUCAGGAAAUGUCAUGUUAACCUGAACUUAUAUGGACUUCCUGCUUCCUCUUUCAGGACCAAGCAGAGCCUGUACAACUUUUCUUGGGUUUGUUUCUGUUGUUUAUGACAUUUUUUUUCCACAUGUGGACAUUUUCUCCUAACAUUAACUCCACUGUUAUUUCCAGUGUCAGUGUAGACUUUAAAGUCAUACCAUUAUGUUCUGUUGCAUCUCAGCAUUUACCAAUGUGCCUUUUAUUGCGGUGCCUCACUAAAUCUGCUGCUGCUGCACUUAUGCAAAAAAAAAAAAGAAAACACUUUGAACCAGAGACUUAAAACUUGUUUGGCUGUCAGUAUCACAUGUGGACCUCACUGGACGGAGAGGGUAAGAUGUAGAAGUGGACUUGUUCAUUAGGUCAAAACCUGCUCAAGUAUUCUUACAUUCAUCCAUGCAGCAUCAUGACCAGUGGAUGUUUUCAACCAGGGGCUGACUGGAGGGUUUAAUUUAUAAAAGAGGGACAUCAGCCUACAUUUGCUGCCUUGUUAUAAUCAGUCAUGGCUGUCAUAGGACUGUGGAUCAUGUUUAUCCAAACAGCAAUAAUAUCUUAUGUUCAAAGAAAUAAUAAACUGUACAAUG